AUGGGGUUGCCUGAGGAUUUCGGACUACAGGAAUCGUUGAUGAGGAGGCCUCCCGAGGAUAUAAGGCAAUUGAUAAGGCGUAUCGAGGAGUAUAAGCGGUUGGAAGAUGAUCGGUUACAGAAUAAGGUCAAGACCCCGGUCACAAAUCAUCCUCGGCAUAUCGGCUUCCAAUCUAGGCCCCAAAAGGAUUUGAGGAUUCAAGAGCCGGGGCCACAGAUGGGAAAGGUGAAUGUGGCCUUCAAGGAACCAGUGCACAGGAUUAUGGAUCGAAUCAAGAAUGAACCAUAUUUUCGGUGGCCAAACAAGAUGGGAGGAGACCUGUCCAACAGAAACCAAAACUUGUAUUGUACUUACCAUAGAGAUAGGGGGCAUACUAUUGAGCAGUGUAGGGUGUUAAAGGAUCAUCUAGAGCAGUUGGUGAAGGUGGGGUACUUGAAGGAAUUUGUGAUGGAUCUGAGGAAUCAAGAAUCCAGGUAG